CUCUCCAAAAAGCACAGCACCCUCCACCUGGGGACCCGAGUGGGUGGGGCGUCGGCCAAACACUUCUUCACGGAUACCACUUCCUGGUUGUCACUUCCCGCCAGGUCGGGCUCCAUGAUUGGUCGAUCGGUGGUGAUCCACAGUGCGGAGGGUGCCACCCCCAGGAUAGCCUGUGCUAACCUCACGGAGGUCCGGAUGCCCGCGGCGGUCUUGGGCCCCUGGCAUGGACCAGGGGUCUCUAGGGGCCAAAUCCGGUUCUCCCAGGCUUUCCCUCAGGGCCCAACCAUGAUGGACGUCUCCCUGGCUGGACUCAGCUCCAGGGCUGGGGGCUACCACGUCCACAUGCUGCCUAUCAGUACCACAGGAGAGCCCUGCUCGGACAACAACGUCAUGGACCACUUCAACCCCUUCUCCUGGAAUGUGUCUACUUCUCCUGCCCCGGGGUCAGGGACUGUGGAUGAGUAUGAGACCGGGGACAUCAGUGGGAAGUUCGGGAUGCUGACGGAUCAGAACCAGACACAGACUCAGUAUUUGGACGGGAAUAUGCCGAUGACAGGGCCGAACAGUAUAGUGGGGAGGUCAUUGGUGGUUCACUACACUAACGGAUCCAGGAUGCGGUGUGCUGACGUCUUAGCUGAGAAUGCAACAGAUGGACACUGGGUGUUUGCCAAGGCUGUCUUCAAAAGCACGGUGACGGGGACAGUCACACUGUCCCAGCAGACUUUUCUGGAUGGCAGCUACAGUGACAUCACUCUGGAGGUGGACGUGCGAGCGUCACAGGUGCUAGAUGUAACAGAGGUUCCCUGGACAAUCACUGGUAAAGGCUCUGAGUUGAACCACAACCAGUGUCCCGGUGUUUGGGACACAUUUAACCCCUUCAACAUGGAAGCUGGGAACUCCAGUUGUUCCCGUGACAAUGCUCUGAGUUGUGAGGUGGGAGAUCUGACGACCAGACAGGGGACAGUCAGCCUGACACACAGACAGCUUUACACCGACACCAGCAUACAACUGGCUGGGGACUACACAGUGGUCCACAGGUCCCUGGUCCUGAGGAGAGGCAGCGAUGUCUUGGCGUGUGCCAUCAUUCUUCCAGAAUCCCCCUGGGCAGAGCAGACCUUUCCCAACGUCAUGUCUUUCAGCAGAUAUGACUUCCGCAAUAGGGUGGCAGAGGUCCUAGAGGUGAACAUGUCCAGGGUCACCAUCCUUCCAGGGUCUCCUCUGGCCACAGUGGACGGACCGUGCCAGAAAGUCAGCUUCCUUGUCUCAGGGGAGGUGAGUACGGACAAGAUGAACUCUAUCAAAGACAGUGAGAAGAUGGGCAUCUUCAAGCAGACAGAAGGUUGCUCAAGAAGUUCUGGACAACUGCUGGAGCCUGGGAGAUAUCUGGUGAUGUUGACGAUAGCUGCAGCCUACUUCCUACACUCUCUGAUCCAGCAGUAGUUUAUACUGUAGAUCUAGGUUUGUAUCCCAAAUGACACCCUAUUCCCCAUAUAGUGCACUACUUCUGACCAGAGGACUUCAAAAAAAAUAUAUAUAUGUAUAUUUCACUUUUAUUUAACCAGGUAAGCCAGUUGAGAACAAGCUCUCAUUUACAAUUGCGACCUGGCCAAGUUAAAGCAAGGCAGUGCGACACAAGCAACUAAACAGAGUUACGCAUGGAAUAAACAAACGUACAGUCAAUAACACAAUAGAACAAAUCGAUAUACAUUGUGUGCAAAUGAGGUAAGAUUAGGGAGGUAAGGCAAUAAAUAGGCUGUAGUGGCGAAGUAAUUACAAUUU